UAUUUUGUUACUAUAAGCUCAAUCCGAUUCUGUUGACGUAUAUAUUAUAUUUUAUUGUAUCGAAAUAACAUUUAGAUACAAAUGCUACAAGUAUGUUUUACGGAACAUAAGACUUAUCAUUUGUUUAUAUAAAUUUUAAAAAUUCCCACUUGUUAACCAGUUGCUAUGGUUACAGUUUUUUUACAAAUGUACCUUAGACUUGUUAAGUGAUUAAUUAAAAAAUAUAUAUGUCUAUCUCCAGAUGGAUUUAAAUCAACGUUUUACUUGAGAGGUUGUUAUUAAUUUUGCGUCAAAAUAAGUAACCGCUUCACUGAGCACGUUGGUUCUGAUUUAAAGAAAAACAAUUAACAAGACAAUAGUAUUCUGGUUCGACCGACCCACUCUUAAUGAGUAAUCGAUCAAUACCCUUUGUUCUAGAGGACGCAUUUUGGAAUUUUAUUUUCGGGUCCACUUUCAUCUCAAUUCACUUCCUAGGAAAUAUUAAGGAUUACAAAAAGAAAACUGAUUUGCAUCUAAAAUGAUAACCAAUCGUCCUGUAGAAGGCUCAAAUAAAGUACCAACAGUCCUGGCUGAAAGAUAUGUAAUUGGGAAAAAACUCGGAUCGGGUCAUUUUGGCACUGUCUACCUUUGUAAGGAUAAAGAAGAAAACGAAAAAAAUUCCCAAAAGGUUCUAAAAAAAAUUUAUCUCAAUGAAAAGAAACCCAAAGAAACUGAUACUGCUGAACAGGAAGCAGCCUUGUUAUCACAGCUCUCAAAUCCAAACAUUCUGAAGUUCCUAGACAAAUUAAUUGAUGAUGAAUGUUUCUGUAUAAUCACUGAAUAUUGCGAAGGUGGAGAUCUGGAUCAAUAUAUUGAAAAAUGUGUGAGGGCUAAAAGCACAAUAAGUGUAAAACAGACAUUAGAUUGGUUUAUUCAGAUAUUGCUGGGAGUCAACUAUAUACAUUCACGACAUAUAUUACAUCGAGACUUAAAGUCAAGGAACAUCUUUUUAAAGAAUGGCAUCAUUAAAAUUGGAGAUUUCGGAAUUUCAAGAAUAUUGGCAGGACCAUCAGACUAUGCUUCAACUUUUAUUGGGACUCCCUAUUAUAUGAGCCCAGAAGUGCUGAAACAUGAAGGUUAUAACUGCAAGGCUGACAUUUGGUCUAUUGGCUGUAUCCUAUUUGAUAUGUGUGCAUUGGAGCAUCCAUUCACUGGAGAAUCUUUUUAUUCAAUUGUGAACAAGAUUGUUAAAAUGGAACCACCACCUCUGCCCAACCGCUAUCCCGAAGAAUUAAGCAAUAUAUUCAAUCUAAUGUUGAAGAAGAACCCAGCAGAACGACCAUCAACCAGAGAUAUCCUGAAAAUGCCUUUUAUUUGUCGACAUUUUCCUAAAAUGAAUGAUGAAUGCAAAAUUGAUGGAAAAUUAGAAGCAAUAAAACACCAGUGGUUGGAGAAUACGACAAAAAAAAGAGCUUUAAAAGCUAAAAGCAAAUUUCAUUUUCCAGUUUCCACUGGCAGAGAUGGUGAUGGAACUGUUCGAAAGACUGCAUGGAUGCCUUCUCGAGAUGGACCGUCUGCUCAAUAUCCAGCUGUUUCAGUACAAACUUCUUCAGACAGUUCUUCAGAUGAAGAUGAAAAAACAAUCACAGGUAAACACAAUGGCUCCUCCUUGCCUAUAAAACCUACUGUGUAUAAUCACGAUGACCGACCAAUAACUCCUCUACGUCAAACAUUCCCUUCAGGAUCUGAUAUCUACAAGGAAUUUGAAGAUGGAAUCCCUACAACUCCACAGCUGGCUGAAGAGUAUUAUACCUCUGACUUUGAAGAUGAUGAAGAUGAGGAGAUGACGUUGUGUAACACUGUAAACGACACAUGCCAGGACAGAGAAAUGAUGCUUAAUUAUCUUCAAAAUGCUCUAAGUUACCCAGAAGAUCAAAGCAACACUUUAACAACUGACAAUAGUGGAGCAUUUGGACCUGAAGCUCGAAGUAACAGAAUUAGAAAUUUAAGACGAGAAUGCAAGAUAGCACUGGGACCAGAGAUGUUUCAGAAUGUUUACAAAUAUCUAUGGCAAGUUCGCUUAAAGAAAAUAAAAGAAACCUGUCUCAAUGAAGAAGAGAUGAAAGGUUUGCAGGAGAUAGUGAAGGAAACAAACUAUGGAAUGAUGGUGGAACAAUUGAUUUUCUUUGAAGAACAAGAGAACCCUGGAAUGUUUAAAUAAUAAAGCAGAUUGUUUUUAUUAGACACAUCAUAUGCUAGAAAUAAACCCAGACAUCAGAUCCAAUGGGUUCUACAGAACUAUAAAUUAGCUUGAAAUGUAUGAGCUCAUUCUCUUACCAUUGUUUGUUCUUGUUCCAGAUUCCCAUUGGUUGUCCUUUGGUAACAACUUAAUGUACAGAUUUCACUGCUUUUGACUUACCACAAAUAUGACUUUUGUAAAAACGAGUGUUAACAAUUGAAUUAAUUGCAGUGUAUUUUAGUGACUCAUAAUGAGUGAAAAGCCGUUGGCCUCAGCUUCUUAGAACAUGUAGGUUCUAAACUCAAUAUUGUAAUAAAUAGUUUUAUGGCCUAUUAUUGCUACCAACCUGAUGUCAUUAUUUGCUUACAGGAGCUGAUUUCCUUAUGUACAAUAAUAUCAAAGCUCAUGUUUGGAGUAUAGUAACCGCUAGCAUAAAAUAGUAUGUGAUUCUUCUGUCUUUUGAUUCAUUCUUGUACAUAAUGAAGCGUAUCUAAAUCUGUAAAAAAAAAAAGUAAACCAUCAAACAAACAAAAAA